GCCAAAUGGUCCGUUUAAGCAAGCUCCUAUUCAAUUUUGCCGAAAAGGUACCAAAAGUAACGUUUCACAAUGGACAGACGUGUCCGGUACUGGGUUUCGGGACAUGGCAAGCGAAGAAGAACGUAGUGGGAGAAGCUGUGAAGGAAGCAAUCACUGCCGGUUACCGUCAUAUUGAUUGCGCCCUCAUCUACAGAAACGAAACUGAAGUAGGAGAAGCCAUAAAAGCGAAGAUUGAAGAUGGAACCGUUAAAAGGGAAGAUUUGUAUAUAGUCAGCAAAUUGUGGAACACGAUGCACAGGCCGGAUCUAGUAGAACCCGCGCUUAAGACUAGCUUAACAAAUUUAUGUCUGGAUUAUCUGGAUUUGUACCUCAUUCACUGGCCGUUUGCUUUUAAAGAAGACGGCGAUUUGUUUCCGAUCGAUAACAACAGGAAGCUCGCGUUAAGCAACGCGGAUUACGUUGACACAUGGAAGGAGAUGGAGAAACUGAACAGGAAAGGAUUAACGAAAUCCAUAGGGGUCUCAAACUUUAACUGGAAGCAGUUGGAACGACUGAACCGUGUAUCGGCGGUCAAACCGGUAACGAACCAGAUAGAGAUACAUCCUUACCUACCUCAGACAAGGCUCGUUGAAUUUUGCAAAUCCUACAAAAUGGUAGUUACUGCUUAUAGCCCGCUAGGAGCUCCGGCUAGGCCGGGGGUUAAGCCCUCGGAUCCUGUCAUAAUGGACGAUCCAAUUAUCAAAGGAAUAGCACAGAAACACAACAAAUCAGCACCCCAAGUACUGAUACGUUAUGGAAUUCAGAGGGGCUGUAUUGUUCUGGUAAAAUCUGUUACCAAGGAGCGAAUUGCUCAUAACAUUGACGUGUGGGAUUUUCAAAUAUCAGACGAGGACAUGGAAGUUUUGAAUUCCCUGGAUUGCAAUUAUAGAACCAUGCCAUUUAUCGACGCCAUCGGCCACAAGGAUUAUCCUUUUAGAGAAGAAUGGUAG